CGGCAGAGCUGCGGGAAAAAUAAAAAAAAAACUGUAUACAAGGGAGGGGGGUAAAAAAUAUGUCGCCGUUUUGGGGGCAGAGGAGGAUUGUGGAAAAGCAAAGGGCGAGAGCUAGAAACGAGGCCCGACAGCUGUAACGUUAGCGUGGAGGGGAGGGGAAGGAGAGGGCAGCUGUCUCCGCAUGAGUGAUUGACUGAUGGGGGAAGGAUUUGAGGAUCAACCGGGCUAGCUUGGUGUGCAGCCUGUGCUUCUUAGUAUUGUUGCAGUCGAAUUGCUGUACACAGCUGACAAAAAAUACAUAUUAAUUUAUAAUGUUCAUUGAUAAACACUGAAGCGACCGAAGCUGUCCUGUUUCGACAAAAGCUUCUUUCGUAUCAAUUCGCAGCAGGGUCUUUUUUUUUUUUUUUGGUACCUGGCUAGCUAGGUUAGCUUGUUUUUUUGGCAGUGAUUCCCCUCGCUAAUAUGGCGCUUUGCAUUUUGGCUGUACCGUACCAGCACGAAAAACACUUUUAAGUUACCAGUUAGCUAGCCGCUAACGUUAGCUCGGCCAGACGGUUGCUUUAGGUUAACCACAGAUUGGGUCCGUGAGCAAACGCUAAAUAUAUAAAGAUAGCUGAAUAUCGAGGUAAAGAAAGGUUUGUUUUAGCCGAGGAACUUAGUUUACGAAUAAUUCUGUCCCGUUUGCAGGAUAUUUGGCCAAUGUUAACCAAAAAGAUUUGUUAAACUUUUAUCUUCUCUUGCCGCCUCGAACCGUGUGUGCAGCUAACACAGGCUAAGAAGCUAUGUCGUGGUGGGUGUGUUAACAGCAGUGGCAGGGUAACGCUAACAUAAGCUCACAAUUAUUAAUACAACACACUUCAGCUUCUCAAUAUCAGUCUCCUUUUAGGAGUGGCCCAGAUCAGCUAUAUGGAAAUGGUUGAGUAAACCCUGACCAAGUAACUCUUGUCCGUGUUCUGUCUGAGGGUCCCACCACAUCACCUUGUUUGGCCCAGACGUGUUGGCCACCUAUCCCUUCUCUCUAUAAUGCCCCAGUGUUUGCAGCAUCUGCAGUGAACGUGAUGGCAGCCCAGUCGGUUUCCAUAGACAAGUACCCAAAGGGCGAGCAGCAGAUGCAAGGCGUAGUAAAAGUAGACAGCGAUUCGGAGCAGAAGUUUAUUGAGGAGACAUUGGCAGAGGUGCCCAGCCCGGCACCCACAGAGCCACAGACACCCAUGGACGCGGACAAAGCAUCCAUAUAUCGGCAUCCCCUGUUCCCUCUGUUGGCCCUGCUGUUUGAGAAGUGUGAACAGUCCACCCUGAGUUCUGAAUGCAUCACCUCAGCAAGCUUUGAUGUGGACAUUGAGAACUUUGUCCGCAAUCAGGAGAAGGAGGGGAAACCUUUCUUCAGUGAGGACCCUGAACUCGACAACCUGAUGGUGAAAGCCAUCCAGGUGCUGCGGAUCCACCUGCUGGAGCUGGAGAAGGUGAGUGAUCUGUGUAAGGACUUCUGCAGUCGCUACAUCGCCUGCCUCAAGACUAAAAUGAACAGUGAGACCCUUCUGAGCGGGGAGCCGGGAAGCCCAUAUUCCCCUGUACAAGGCCAGGCCCAAAGCUUUUCACCCACCAAGACCCAGACCCCCAGCUCAAUCUCAGGGACCAUCAGUCCCCAGGGUCAAAUUGUAGUGCCAGCAUCAGCCCUGCAGCAAGGAAACGUUACCGUGACAGCUGUCAACCCCACCCAGGUGGUCGCAGGUAUGUCACCAUGGCAUACAACUCCGCCCUCAGGUGGCACAGUGUACCAGCCAGUCACAGUCGUCACUCCUCAGGGCCAGGUGGUAACACAGGCUCUUUCUCCGGGGACAAUACGCGUCCAAAACAAUCAGCUUCAGCUGCAGUUUCACCAGGACUUGAACCUCUUUAAUCAUGACGACAACUCAACCAAGAACAAACGGGGUGUUCUACCCAAACAUGCCACCAAUGUCAUGCGUUCGUGGCUCUUUCAGCACAUUGGGCAUCCCUAUCCAACAGAAGAUGAAAAGAAACAGAUUGCCACUCAGACAAACCUGACACUUCUGCAGGUCAACAACUGGUUUAUAAAUGCGCGGAGACGGAUCUUGCAGCCCAUGUUGGAUGCCAGCUCCUCAGAGACACCCAAAGCCAAGAAGAAAACGCCUCAAAACCGGCCACUGCAGCGCUUCUGGCCUGACUCCAUCGCAGCAGGGGGAGGCACCCAGCAGCAGGUUACCAUGCCAGACGGUACAAUGGUGACAAUGAAUGUUGAGGGCCUGCAGAGCCUGACGUCAGACGGCGCCACACUGGCGGUACAGCAGGUGAUGCUGGGAGGCCACAGUGAAGAUGAGUCAGGGGACAGUGGAGAUGAGGACGAUGACACAGAUAUGGCCGGGCUGGGCCUGGACAACAGCGACUCAUUGCAGUAGAGGACACACUCUCUUACACAUUGAUCUACAUGUACACACAAGACAUGCAUAACUAGGUCUACAGAACACAGGUGCAGGAGGUUUACAUAGAGCACAAAAGCACAGGACCUGCCGGAAAAUGGUCCUACACUCUUCCAGCCCUUAACCCUGCUGAAUUGCGUUGUAUGCUGUGUGUGUGUGUGUGUGUACAUCAGGAGUUUCAUUUCAGAUUUUUUUUUUUUUUAAGUUGAUGUAGGUGAGUGCACUUUUUUUGUAUAUUUAAGCUCAAAAAGAUUUAAUCAAACAGAAAAAAGAAGUGUUCAAAACACAUGAAGCAAGUUUGUAUGCUCUGUUAGUAAAUGUUGAUUGAAUUUUUUUUCUUCUCCUUUUUUUAUUUCUUGCCACUGUACCUUGUCCCCAGUUGAAUUCUCAUUUUGGAUGCCAACACUUUAAAGUUGUAUCUGUAAGGGUUUGUCUUCACUUUUUGCAUGCUUGUGUUUCGAAUAAAUGUGCACACUCUUACGAUUUACUCCACGGCUCUCCAACAGGCUCCCACUGGCCAAACGGAGAACAAGUGGAGAGAUUUAAAAAAAAAAAAAAAGAAAAAGAAAAAAAAAAGAAAUGCUUAUUUUUAUAUACAGACAUAUGAAAUUAGUGUUUUUUGUUUCAUUUUUGUGUUCUCCUGUUUUGUAAGGAAUAUUUAUGUACAGAUUCAUAAUUAAAGCUAGUGACCCUGUUUUCCAGGGUUAUAUGAAGUUUUCUAAAUAACAUAAAAAGGAAUUGAAUGCUAAGGAAAAUUGCUAUUUAAAUUGGUUUUAAACUUACAAUACUAACAAGGCCUUAUCUGUUCUUUACUAAAGAUUUCUUGCCAAGAAGCACAUAAAGAAAAUCUUACCUUCGGUGAAAUUGGUCAAAAAGACACUAAACUGCGGAACACAUUUGUGGCUCUGUAAAGCAUUGUUAAUAAUUUUAUUUUGUGUACUGCAACACCCCAGUUGUCUAUUAUCUUACACAGUAACAUGACUGCAGUACUUCAGCUUUUUAAAAUAUACAGUUCCAGUUUUGCUCACAUUGUGUAUACCAUACAAUACAUCUUUUAAUCAUUUUACAAUAGUUGCAUAGGCAUCACUUUCUCAAAUGCACAAUUCAGAACACUAUGCUAAAUCACAUGGUUCUGAGAUGGAAACCCCUCGUAGGGCAGUUUCCUUAAUGAGAUAUGAAAUCCAUCAUCAACAAGAGGCAGUGGAUGUUUUGCUCGCAUUCAACUUUUAUUUAUGUACAUGUAUAUGCUACUGCAUUAAAACCAGAGAGCCGGUGGACAGUUAGACUCCUUGUUCAUUGCCUGCCUAAAGGACUGGGAGCAUCGCUGCAGCCUGUCGGCUCCCCUGCCACUGCAACCACAUAUAGUGAAAGAUCUGAAAUCUCAUUAGCAAUUUGUUGAUAUUACUGCACAAAUUGCAGUGCCUCUUGUUUAGAUAACUGUAAUAUUGUACUGUAUAACAGUUUUCUGUUAAUAGUUGCAGUAAUCUUUUUUUUCUAUCCUUGUUGUAAAGUUCAGACCUGGUUGAGUUAAUGUGGCCUGAGGGUGUAGUGUCUCUUGGUGGGCCCUUGUUGAGCUCUUGGUUCUUCACUUGUGUCUGUCUUGCUUUAUAUGAAGCGUUGUUCACUUUUCUCUUGUCUGUUUUGCCUUAGAGCUUUCUAUUUUGGAAUAAACGAUGCCCAACUCUC